CGGAAACGAUUGUAGAUCAGACGAAGUAGAAGACGAGAGAAGCAGAGAGAGAGAGAGAGAGAGAGAGAGAGAGAGGGAGAGUGUGGGGCGAGGAGGAGGCCUUUGCAGCCUUUUCCUCCUUUGGCGGUAGGUCUCAUGGUGUGUUGUCGGGGCGCGGUGGGGGAUUUUAGAGGUUCGGGGAGCGGUGGGGGGGAGAUGAGGUGGGGCAUUGGGCAGAUGAUGAGAGCAGAGAUUGAUGAAGUGAUGUGCGGUAUCCGAUAUUCCUUGCGGUGAGCGGCCAGCUGAUGAUAGCUGCGUGUGUGUGUGCGUCCGAAAUCCUCCCGCACCACUGAACCACAUCAUUUCCACUUGUGCUUUGCGUUGGUUCGUUUUUGUUGGUACGCCGAGGUUGCUGCUCCUUUUAUCUAUCUCUGGCUUGUCCCUUCCCCAUCUUCCCCCCCAGCCCCCCUCCCCCUCGCCACUCGCCUCUCGCCUAUCAUUAUAAUCCUCCUGCUGUGCCCCCGUCCGUCCUUAGUCUGUCCCGGUUUUGGUGCCCAGUGCUCGACCAUCUCAUUCAUUCCACUUUUACCACGAACCGACGUCCACUCACAUUCUCGUGUACAGGAAGCCUCCUCAGAUUUCGAAGCCUUCUCGAGGUGAUGUACACUUGGGUGCGGUGGCCUCGACUUGUUUGCGAAGCUCGUCAGAUGUCCACUGAUUGAUUCCGCUUCUCUUCCUGUAUGGUGUUGGGAGAAACCAUGUGUGCUGUUUAACGCGCACCGGUCGACACUCCGCCCGCCUCUGACUGCCUGCCAAGCCAAGUCGGACCAUCCGCCCGAGGUGGAAAUGAGAUCAAUGAACAUGCUCUAGGCUCACUGUGCCUCGUAUACACAGAUUCAUCUGCGUUGCCGCUCGCUCUUUCUCUCUCGCAUACCCUAUCACAGAGCUUCGUAGCAGUUCUGGGCUGAUAGCGCUUGCGAGUCAGACGAGGUGAUGGCAGCGGCUUUGUUCCAAGCGGCUGCCGGGGCUGGCUUGGCCCGCGCCCCUGGACUGUGUUCACAACCAGGUCACAAACAACCGAUUGCAGUUUCCAGCUUUCAUGUCACAUACCCAACAGCCUGUGCUCCUACAUCUUUUUCCCUUAAGUGCUCCUGCAGAGCUAAAGAGCUUCCCUGGUCCGGGGGCAGUUCGGAAUCAAGCCACCCAAAGAACGUGCGAGUGAACGCAAUCACAGAGCUUGCAGAGACCUCAGGAACCGCCUUGCGACUCGAACAUGGCACUAACGCCGAUGUUCAAAACUCCGCUACCGCUGUGUGUUCAGCGAACGAGUCUCAUCCUCAGACCAGAACUUUCCAAGGCGUCACCAGCGAGGAAGAACUCCUGAGUGCUGUAAGAUACGAAUCACAGGCCAAGUCGUUGGACCCAAGGGCCACUGCGGGCAUGUUAGAACUAUACUACAAUUACAGGGACGCGGUAGUUGGAAGUGGCGUGGAAAACUCAAUGGAGAUCGCCGUGAGAAUUAUGGCAACUGUUUUAGACCGCAUUCUCCUGCAAUUCGAGGAUCCUUUUACAUUUUCUUCAUACCACAAGCGCAUGGUGGAGCCUUACGAUUACUACACGUUUGGCCAAAACUACAUCAGGCCUUUGUUAGACUUCAGAAACUCUUUCUUGGGGAAUACCACUAUUUUUGAUGAUAUUGAGAGUCAGCUUAAACAGGGUCAUAACGUGUUUCUAUUUGCCAAUCAUCAAACUGAAGCGGACCCCGCAGUAAUGGCACUGUUACUCGAGACGUCUCACCCUUACCUGGCAGAAAAUCUGACUUACAUUGCCGGCGAUAGAGUCGUCCUCGAUCCUUUCUGCAAACCCUUCAGCAUGGGCAGGAACCUGCUGUGUGUCUACUCUAAGAAACAUAUCAACGAUAUCCCAGAGUUGACGGACAUGAAGCAGAGGGCUAACACACGAACUUUGAAAGAAAUGACAGCCCUGCUAAAGAAAGGUGGUCAAUUGAUCUGGAUUGCGCCAAGUGGAGGUCGGGAUCGCCCGGACCCCGAAACCAACGAGUGGAGACCUGCCCCAUUUGAUGCCUCUGCUGUCGAGAACAUGCGAAGAUUGCUAUCUCACAUGCCUGUUCCCGGUCACAUGUAUCCUAUGGCUCUGCUGUGUCACGACAUAAUGCCACCUCCUCGCAAGGUUGAAAAGGAACUUGGAGAGAGGAGGUUGAUCGGAUACCAUGGAGUAGGUCUGGCGGUAGCACCAAAGCUGAACUUUGAAGAAUUGACGGCUGGGACCACCUCCAAGGAGGAAGCAAGGGACAAGUUCGCGCGAAGUGUGUGGGAAAUAGUGAGCAAUCAAUAUACCGUGUUGAACAGAGCAUCAUACGGCGGGGAAGGUCUGAAUGCAUCCACUUCAUGUACUCAACUAUCACAGCCGUGGUUCGAGGUGCAAAAUGGAUCUCACUGAGGAAGACAAACGUCCAACUCCUUGGCAGAACCUUUAGGAAUUAGAAUUGUCAAAUCCUUACCUGUAUCUCUCCUCUGUCUCUUGUGCAUGUCGGGGGAGGCAAAAAGCUCUCUCAUAUUCUUUGGAAUCUUCAGGAAAGGUUUCUCUUAUUCCUGGGCAUCAGCUUUUUGUGAAAGAUUUCGGACGUGUUGUCAAAGUGGACACUGUGAAAUCUGCAGCGUUUUUGUAGAGUAACUAUGCUGGGCGACCAAGACUAGCUCUUUCAGCCGGAAUUGAGUGCUGGUUGAGGUGUCAGCUAUGUCCAUUGACUUGAGUUCCACUCAAUUUUACAACGUCAUCUAUGCCAGUUGGGCAUUUAUGUACAUGUGUUACCAUCAUUUGUGUUCAAGCAAUUUUUGAAGAAAGGGAAAUCUGAAAAGUUCUCUGGAGAUUAUUUGGUCAACCCAGGGACUGAGUUCCGGAGAAAAAGUAUAGCAUGACGGAAGGAUCAGACAGACUGUUAUGGGAAGAGGCCAGGAACCAGGAGCAUGCAUAGUGACGUUUUCUUUCAAUAUUGAAUGUUCAACCUCGACUGAGUUCCUGAUCUGGUGGUGUACGGAAGGGAUUUUGAGGCGUGCCCUCUGGAGGAUUGGAGGUGAUGUAGCAAUGACCAACACACAUUUGAGAGAAAAUGGCAGUUACUGCAGCCAUUCUUUUGUGGCUGCUAACGGAAUUGAAAGUACGGACCGAAGUUUCAUACCGUCUUACAGCCAGGUUUUGGUCAAUGUAUCCACUGCAGUAAUUGUAAAUUGAAAUCGUCGGUGAAAAUUCAUCCCAUCUUGUUUUGUGCCACUGUAAAUAUAAGUCGUAGGGAUGUGUCUUUCAGGUGGAUGGUUGUAGCUGAAAUGUGUGUCGUGUUCGGAAGUGCACUAUGGAAAUGCACUUUGAUUCUUUAGCCAAUGUAGGAUUGGUAUUCACAUUUGAUUGAAGAGACCAUGAGUUAUGAAUAAUGUUUUGUUUGAACUCGAUGAGGAAGUGUGUGGCACUUGUGGUGGACUAUUGACGGAAAUUGUCGCAAAGUGAUCUAUUAUGUGUGAGAAGAGAAUACUUUGAAUAUCGAGUUAGGU